CGUCAGAUUUAGCGCGAUUCAUUUGGUUUCCCCUGCAAUUUUCUCCGACAGUGUACACCAGAGGCUACACAAAGUUAAUUAGCACAAUGGUGAAGAUAUGCUGCAUAGGAGCUGGAUAUGUCGGUGGUCCAACCAUGGCAGUCAUUGCUCUAAAAUGCCCAUCUGUUGAAGUAGCCGUUGUUGAUAUCUCUGUGCCAAGGAUCAACGCCUGGAACAGCGACCAGCUCCCCAUCUACGAGCCUGGUCUUGAUGACGUGGUUAAGCAAUGCCGUGGAAAGAAUCUUUUCUUCAGCACCGACGUUGAGAAACACGUGAGAGAGGCUGACAUUGUCUUCGUCUCUGUCAACACCCCGACCAAGACCCGCGGUCUUGGAGCAGGGAAAGCUGCGGACUUGACUUACUGGGAGAGCGCGGCGCGUAUGAUCGCGGACGUUUCUGUUUCCGACAAGAUCGUUGUCGAGAAAUCAACUGUCCCUGUCAAAACCGCAGAGGCCAUCGAGAAGAUUCUUACGCACAACAGCAAAGGAAUCAAGUUCCAGAUUCUCUCCAACCCUGAGUUCCUCGCUGAAGGAACCGCUAUCGAAGAUCUUUUCAAACCGGACCGUGUUCUCAUCGGUGGUCGUGAAACAACCGAAGGGUUUGCAGCUGUCAAGGCCUUGAAAGAUGUUUAUUCCCAGUGGGUUCCUGAAGAGAGAAUCCUCACCACCAAUCUCUGGUCAGCCGAGCUUUCAAAGCUUGCAGCUAACGCAUUCUUAGCACAGAGGAUCUCAUCAGUAAACGCAAUGUCUGCGCUCUGUGAAGCAACAGGCGCCAAUGUAUCAGAAGUCUCAUACGCCGUCGGUAAAGACUCAAGGAUCGGUCCCAAGUUCUUGAACUCGAGCGUCGGGUUCGGAGGAUCAUGUUUCCAGAAAGACAUCCUCAACUUAGUCUACAUCUGCGAAUGCAACGGCUUGCCCGAAGUCGCAGAGUACUGGAAACAAGUCAUCAAGAUCAACGACUACCAGAAAACCAGAUUCGUCAACCGCAUCGUCUCCUCGAUGUUCAACACAGUCUCCAACAAAAAGAUUGCUGUUCUCGGCUUCGCCUUCAAGAAAGACACGGGAGACACGAGGGAAACGCCAGCCAUCGAUGUCUGCAAAGGCCUUUUAGGUGACAAAGCUCGUAUCAGCAUAUACGACCCGCAAGUCACUGAAGAGCAGAUCCAGAGAGACUUGACCAUGAACAAGUUCGACUGGGACCACCCGCUUCAUCUCCAGCCCAUGAGUCCCACCACUGUGAAGCAAGUCUCUGUCGCUUGGGACGCGUACGCUGCGACCAAAGACGCUCACGGUAUCUGCAUUUUGACGGAGUGGGACGAGUUCAAGAAACUGGAUUACGAGAGGAUCUUUGAGAAUAUGCAGAAGCCUGCUUUUGUUUUCGAUGGUAGGAACGUUGUGGAUGCUGAGAAGCUGAGGAAGAUUGGGUUUAUUGUUUACUCUAUUGGUAAGCCUUUGGACCAGUGGCUCAAGGACAUGCCUGCUCUUGCCUAAAC